CUGAUCAGCAGUCGAGAGCUGUCGCUGCUCUGCCGCUGGCACCGCGACAAGCACACGUAGCUCUGCUAUACAACGCGCCUUCCUCGCAUUGCGUGCGCUCGCUCGUCUGCAAGUGAAGGUGUUGGUGUCACCGCCGCACGCGUUUCAGGGCGGCCCCAGGCAGCAAGCAAGCUGUGAGUGAACGUGCAGUCCCCCGCCCUGCCGCUGCCGCUCUGUACCAGCAAUUCGACGACCACUGCUCCAUUUCCGCCCUCUUCCACCUUGUCACCACUUCACUUUCCUUCACUCCGCCGCGUCCAGUUUUGCCUGCUUGCCGCGACAACACCAAUUGCCAUUGCCAUUGCCAUGGCCGCCGCCCGCCAGGACGCCGACGCCGUGGCCGAGCCCGCCAUGGACUCCCAGCUGACAGGUCAUGUGUCACAGGCUGCCGGUGAAGGUCAACUGUUCUCGCCGCCGUCUUCGCCCUCUCCACCUGAGGCUGCUCAGCACCCGUACAACUUCGACUUCCCCACCUUGGAAGACGACGGCUCUGUGUCGGACCUCACUACCCACCAAGCACGACCCGGACCCUACGCAACUCCUCCAGCCGCUCUGAGCGCACUGGGAAACAAGAACAUGGCCGAUCGCGGCUACACGAGCGAGUCGGAAGGCUCUCUCGCCGACCAAUAUGACAUGAUCGACCACGACGACUUGUCUGAGAUCUCCAACGACGAUCAUGACACCGCCAGCAUCACCUCGAAUGAACAGGACCACGAUGGCCGCUUCACACCAGAACUACCAGAGAGUGAGCAAGAGGAGGACGAAGCACAAUAUGUGGACACCGCACUCGAGUUCCAAGACGUGACUGAUUUGACCAGCGGCACAACUUCCCAUCUGCCCAGUUCGUCGGUGGUCAUGGUUGACUCGUCCACUGCCCAGCAGAUUCAGGCCGAGAACGAGCUGAUCGACAGCUACAUGUCUGAUGAUCUUGAGACACCACGACAGUCCGUUCUGCCAGUGCCAGUGCCAGAACCGAAGGGCCACACUGCUGCCAGCCAGCCCCCACUCAAGAUCCUCUUUGUCUCCAACGAAGAUGAGACCCAGGCCGACAUGGAUCUGAUCGUCUCUCGUGUCACCGCUGCUAUGCGGCCUUCAUCGUCCGACGCUGUCAACCACCACAGGGUGGUCCGCUUGCCCCCAACACCAGCAGAAGCCGACUCAUCAGCCAUGACUGUUGUAUACGGUCCAAACGGCGUCGAAGCAACCGUUCAGCACUGUGUCACUGCUAAGCGCCAAUCGUUCGGUUCAUAUGCUUUCUGUUUGAAGGACCACGACGGCUUCCGACACCCGUGGAUCACGGUCAGUGCAGAUGGCAAGUUUGACGGGCAGAAGCCGGACUUGAUCAUCUAUCACGCACGCCACUACGGAGCUGAGGUUGCUAUGGAGGCAGUGGCCAACUUGAAGGUUCCAAGCUUCGCCAUCCUCGAGAAAGACAUAGGUUAUCUCGAAUCCCGAAUUCCUGGCCUUUCCGGAGCGUCCCAGGUCAUUGUCAAAGGCGAGGACUUCAUAGGGAUGGACCGUGUAGCACUGUCCCGCAAAAUCGGUAAUGUUGUCGGACAAGCACCAAACAAGUCAGUCCCAGAACGCGUAGCGUGGGUCGCCCCAUCGAUCAAAUCGUUCGCAGCGGUGUCAGCCAUCGCAGCUCUCAUCUUCGCCAUGUUCUUCGCGGCUGUACUGUCCCCUGGUGCUGAUCUGGCUUGUGACCUGACUGGUGACCUACUGGCUCGACGCGAAGCAUUAUCCUCCUCUCUAGUCAGUCUCGCGAGCGAGGGCACUCUACCAAAUGCCACCAGUCUUGUGGACAUGAACGAAUUGCUGCCAGAAUGCAGCGAGCACUCGGCCAGUCUUGCGUGCAAGACGGGCGCAGCCUUUGAGUGGCUGCCACCUCACCAUGUGAUGCUCUCCCUGUUGCGCCACAGCAAUGAUUCUCGGCCCGUCAUUCCAAAGUUCUCGAGGUUCUCGGCAUCCAAUCGCAUCGAUGUCGCAUUCAACAUCAACGAGCUCAUUGAUGGGGUAUACCUCCUCACGAUCGACCCAAGUGAGGUUUACGGUGGUAUCGAAUUCAACGCUAGCAGCGCAAAGCCUUCGUGGAGCUUCGCCGCUAUCAAUUAUUAUGGGCCACGCUCGCGGCGGCCGCAGAGUGUUGAAAAGGCCGGCACCGAGGUUGGAACGAGGAUUGGCAACGACAUUGCCUCUAUGACCAAGACCGUACAAAAGCUCAAUGGCAUUCUCUCUCAUGAGAUUGCUGCUAGCGUCCAGGCAACAUGCAACGUCACUUCUCAGCUUGCACUCUACAUGAGCCGUGAAUUGCAGGUAUUCGGCAAGACCACCGGCUCAAUGCUCCACAAAGCUGGACGCGCCAACAAAGAGGUCGCCAAAACCUUCGUCAAAGACUUGACAGUCAUUCAGCAAGAUGUCGUGAAGUUCACGAAGGAUGUUUCGCUGUCAUUCAAGUCUUCCAUGAUGGCAGUCAAGAGUAAUACCAAAGCUUUGAUUCAAUCUCCCCUGGCUCGAUCCCGCCAACGUGUGCAAGAGCUCAAACAAGCUUUGCAAUCCAAGAAGAUUGACAGUGAGGCUGCGAAGGCGGACGUGGUGGACAGGGUAAAGAUCCAGCGACGUCUAAGGAACGCAAUGUCGAAGAUCGAGGCUAAGUAUAAGGCCGCUCGGCCAUACUCCAAUCAACCUGCUGGUUCUAAAGCAUUGCCAAAGGUACCAAAUAGAUGCACGAAGACUGGCAAAAUCCAUGGACAGCGCCUUACUCCUGCUGCUGCUCAGCGCCGUUAGGGAUGGUUCUGAUCAACGGUCGAGCAGUGUAGCAACUGGGAAGGCGUUUGGAUCAACAGGACAAGGCGUAUGUUCAUUUUGCAAGGUUGGGCGUGUUGCAGAACUACAGCAAGACGGUAGGCUAUACGAGUUAUAGCCACGUUUUCGCAUGCGAAAGGCGUAGGAUCAGGCCGCGGGAAAACACGAGAUACCACGUUUGAAACUGCACGAAUACUGUACUGGUUCUGAGAUUGAGAGCUCGUCAUCAGAAGCGCACCAGUUGGAAGCUUUGCGCUUUGCAGAGCAAAAUAAUUCAGACAAUGACAA